AUGUUUUGCGGCGUGUUCAUUGUGGCACUUGUCCAGUCCCUUUUCUUCAACUUCCUCGAUCUUUCACCAAACGAAAAAAUAGUGAAAUAUCUCAUUGAAUUGGAGUGGUGGGAAAAGGCGACCCGCCACAACGCGGCAAAGUUGUUGCAAGCAGCAUGGCGAGCAGGGGUCUUGCAGCAAGGAGGCGAGUUGGGCGAUCAGCGUCAUCUUUUCUCGAUAAUGAGAGCUGCACGCAGUUUGCGGAUGAACAUGCCUGCCAUCGAGCUGUCUGUUGAAGAUCAAGUGGCGGAGAUGGAGGCAACUAUUCUGGCAGAAGUGGACCGCAUGGAGGCUCAAAAGCUGGAGAUUUUGCAGAGAAUCCAGGCAAAGGCAACACAACUCGCCGCUUUGAAACUGCGACUGAACAGCAAAUAA